AAAAUGGACGCUUUUGCCUCGACACUUCUGGCAACACAACCUGGUUAAAACACCUUGGCCGACAAAGUUUCAGCUCAUUUGUGACCGAAACCGCGUGAAAGUAGUACGCUGCCGCGAAUCUCCGUAAAUGAAAAAAAUAGCUAACACUUUUACUUUCCGCGCGGUGAAAAUAGAGUCAAUUAAUAUGUUUAAGCUUGGUUUAAUUUCGAUUUUAACACUAAUCAGCUGGAUUGCAACAAAUGCUCAGGACGAUGUGCAACCCUAUUUUCUACAACAGUGCCCGCGCGAUGAGGAAUACAUUAACGAAUGCUUGCGUGACAGUGGCAAUAAAUUGGUGCAUUACUUGCGCCAGGGUGUACCUGAGCUGGAUAUUUAUGACAUCGAACCGGUUAUCAUUGAUGAGAUUGGUAUUGUGCUGGGUAGUGGACCUGACGGUUAUCGCGCCCUCUUCCGUAAUAUACAAGCAUAUGGUGUUAGUAAUAUAACUGUAACGAACGUGCGUUCCGAUUUGGAGACUUUACAAUUCCAGUUGACUUGUGAAAUUCCACACAUUAAAGUACGUUCGCAAUACCGUUCGACCGGCGUUUUGAUUUUGGUGAAAGCCUCAGGUGCUGGUGAUUACUGGGGCGAAUAUGACGGCGUCAAAGCAAAAAUUUAUUUCAAAGCCAUUCCUAAUUUGGCUGACGAUGGACGCACAUACCUAACAGCCGAUCAGGUUAAAAUGGAUUUCAAUGUAAAGGAAAUCAAAAUGGGUGUGGAUAAUAUUGCUAAUGGCAACACAGUGAUACAGGCCGCAUUGAAUCUCUUCAUCAAUUCCAAUGCACAGGAGUUGCUGAAGGAAAUGAAACCGGCGCUACGCACGAAACUGACGCUGGUCAUACGCAACUUCAUGGAUCGGAUAUUCGCAAAAAUACCGCUCGACCAAUGGAUCAAUUUGCAGUGAGGCUAACGCAAAUUCACGCAAACUAAUGAAAAAUCUAACACUUACCAGUUAAUUAGCUUAGCUGUAAUUUAAUAUAAUCUUAUAUUAGUAAUUAGUCACACUUAUUUAUUUCAAUAAAUUGUUUAAGAUAUUUAAAGGUAAUCGUUUUGAACUCAAAUUGUCACUAUGCGAUAAAAUAAUAUAAUCGAAAGAAAUGUUCAGCGUCCGCACGUUUAUAAGAAAAUUACAGUUCCACAAAUAAAUGUAAUUUACUACUUAGAAAUUAA